AUGUCUCCGAUUGCUACCUCAAGUCUUCGAGACGCCAGCUCGGCCGAACUGUCCUCAAAAGUUGCCGCAAACGUCAAAGUGGCCCCAGCACAUGGACACGAACUUGCCCAUCAGACUCCUCUGCAGGCUUUGUCUCACGGCAAGGUUAAGCUGUCUGGUCCGCCCAGUUUUGACAGUUUUGCAGAGAAGAGGCAAUGGCAGCUUGAGCACAUGGCUGCCGCAUUUCGUCAUUGGGCCAGCGAGGACUAUGUUGAGGGGAUGAGCGGACACAUAUCGGUUCGAGACCCUGAAAACCCGGAGUCGUUCUGGACAAACCCUAUCGGCGUUCACUUUGGACUACUUAAAGCCAGUGAUAUGAUAUUAGUCAAUUUCGACGGCGAGGUUAUUGGUGGUAAUGACUCCCGACCACCAAAUACUGCUGGAUUCCUUAUCCACGCAGCUGUGCACAAGGCGCGACCGGAUGCUCACGCAGUCUGUCACGCACAUGGUAUUGCUGGAAAGGCAUGGUCAGUCUUCGGAAAGAGACUUGAAAUGCUAACUCAGGACGCUUGUAAAUUCUGGGGUGAUGCACAAGGCGUGUAUGAUGAAUAUGGUGGAGUUGUCCUUGGACCUGAGGAAGGCGAGAGAAUUGCUGCAGCACUCGGUCCUCGAGGCAAAGGUUGCGUACUGAGAAAUCAUGGAAUCCUGACGGUGGGAGACACCGUCGAUGAGGCGGCUUUCCUCUUCACAUCUUUCGAACGAAGUUGCCGUGUACAAUUACUUGCCGAGGCCGCUGCUGCAAACGGUCUUUCGAAGGUGAUUAUCACAAACGAGGAAGCCAAGUUUAAUUGUGAUGUUGAAGGCGACAGAGAGGUGUGCUAUUGCGAGUUUCAAGUGUACUACGAUUGGGAAAUGCAGAAGUCCAAUGGCGACUUCAGGAAUUAA